UACACCCAGCAGUACAUUACAAAUCGCUAACGAAAUGAAUCGUAAAAUGGUGGGUACGUUUUGUCGAAUUAUUAUUCUGCUCUCGGUCGUCUCUAAUACGACAGCUUGUACUGGUGGCAGUGGCGGGGCAAGCGUGCAAUCAAAUUCCGGCGGCAUGGGAAGUGCUUCAAUACAAGCCAAUAUAUACGAUCCGAGCUAUAUAACACCCUUAGUCGAGCAAUGUAUCCUUUUCGAUUUGGAAGCUCUGCUCACAAGCAGUAUGCAACUGACGCCGGCUCAAGAAGCCAUCAUAAGGUGUUAUUAUUCGUACUGCAAGAAUAUCAUUAAUAUGGCCAAGUUGGUGGCUACUCUGCCACCGAGUCCUGGAGCGAAUGGACCUUCUGGUGGGACGAAUACAUUGCAGAAUCCAGGAAUACAAGGUGUUCCUCCACCUGCGACUAUACCUGAUCCGUCGGUUAGUUUGACGGCUGGGGUUGGUCCUCCUCCUGCUGUACCUGAUCCAUCGGCCGGUGUGUCAGCCAGCCUGGGAACUCCAUCUAGUCCUUCGGUCAAUAUGUCAGCCAAUGUUGGAUCAUCUCCUAGUGCUAGUGCGACCCAGUGAUGUUGUAGCUGGUGAAAUAAUUUUUACACUUUUCUAAGAAAACGGUCAAGUUUUUUUUUUUUUUUUUUUAAAUUGAAAUAAAAAUAAAAGGUAAUUUAAAUCUUGAA